AUCUACGAGAAGUGGGGAGGUUGGGAUAAGAUGUUAUGGUUGUGUUCUUCGAAUUGUCAACAUUUAAAUGGUUUCGCCAUUAGUUUAGGUCCAGUAAUGUUUACUUUAAUUUGUUUUUAUUUUUAUUUCAUUACUGUUUUUAAACAAUUUUAGUCUCCGAAGUGUUAAUAAAUUGAAUAUUUGCUCUUAGGUUACAAUGUUUGGGACAUAGCCUGUAAUCAAAUUACCCAUUGACUACGGUAUUGUAAUAUUUAAUGGCUGAUUUUAAUAAACACUGUUAAACUUUUAUUUAGUCAUGAUAAUACCUUUAUAUCUACAAAGCAGUAAUUUGCUUUUAUUGAUUGAUUCAAGGUGCUUUGCUUUAGCUUACACCUUAAUUUAAAUUAUCAACUCCAGAACUUUCUCAUUCUUGUAAUGUUAAGUUAUUUUACAGUAAUCGAAAAGAGAGAGUUAAAAGACUAUAGCAUUUAUGAAGGAAACGAAAGUAGAAUCAUAAACAUGGAGCACAAUAGUAGACAGUCAAACAUCAUUAUGACAAGUAACAAUAAUUCUUUAGUACAUAGUGAUUACAAAGAAGCAGCAACCAGCAGUGUUAAAAAGUUACCAAAGAAGCGUAAGUUUGUUCCGUCCGAAGAAGAAGUAGACAAACCUAGUGAAAAUUUUAUUUCCAGAGUGGUUGUUCCUCCACAAGUUACAGCUGUUGAUUACUCUUGUUUAAGUAAUUCUCAAAAAGCGCGAGAAUUAGAAAGAACAAGUUCAUAUUUAGAGCCUCUAAAAGAUGAGCGAAUGGAAGUAAGUAACUUAGAAGAAAAUAGUGAAUUAAGACGUACAUUGCCAAAUAGUAUAGAUCUUAUAGAAUGGGUUGACACCCAUGUAUUAGCAAAAAAAGACAAUGCUUAUCUUCCUGGUGUUAUAAGCCAAGCUGGAGUUAAUGGAGAAGUGUGGGUUAAGUUUGGUCAUUUUGAUGGUGAGCCAUUCAUAUUUACCGAUGUUUUAAGCUCAGGAAAAUAUGAUGUCAUAUCAGAUGCAAGCCCUUCAGCUGGUCAAGUGACUUUAGGUGCUAGGGUUUGUGUGCGUAUUCAAACCGGUGAUGAUCACCAACUUCCUCCAAGAGUUUACCUUGAAGGUGUUGUUUGUAAACUCUUAACAUCUCCAGUUAGAUUUGUUGUUAGACUUAUCAGGGAAGGCAAAGAAACAGUUGUUAAAAGAUCUGAUCUAAGACUGCUACUUCCUCCCUGGUAUGAAGAAUUAGAGGACGUAGAGGAAAAUUGCAGUAUAGUUCAACCAUCUUCAACAAAUGGUUUUCCUCUUACUAAUAAUGGGCAUUUACAAAUGCAUCAUGUUCCUACUCUGCAACCAGACUACUUCAGAUCGAAUCCUACUUCCCCAAUGCAUAGUAUGACCACUCCUAAUAGUAUCAUGUCUGCUGCUCUUUCCAAUGCUAGUGGUGAUGAUAUAAGACCCCGACAUUACGACGAUUUCGAAAGUGAUGAUGAUUUACGGAGAGAAGAUAUUCUUUUUACAAAUGAUGAUGGUGGGAAAUUAUCUGGAAGUAGCAAAAGAAGCAGCAUGCAUAGCAGAGGUAGUAAUUCUAGUUUAAUGGAACAUGGUAGUAUUACUCCAAGAUCCACACCUGCAACUCCAAGGUCUCAGGCAGCAACGCCCCACAAAUAUAAGAAAGGGGAUGUUGUGUCUACCCCUAGUGGGAUUAGGAAAAAGUUCAAUGGAAAGCAAUGGCGGAGGCUUUGCUCAAAGGAGGGUUGUACUAAAGAAUCCCAGCGAAGGGGCUAUUGCUCAAGGCACCUCAGCCUUAAGGGAACCACCCUUAGACCACAACCAACCAACUAUCCUAGAGGUAAGGGUAGUGUCAUUGAUGGAGAAGAAACUUCUCGAGAUUCAGAUACAUCACCAAAUUAUGGAGAGCGGCGUAUGACUGGUAGAUUUGAUUCUGAUGAAACUGAAGUUGCUAAUAUGCUGGUGUGCUUAGGCACAUCCCGCUCUGCAACUCCUGCAUUUUCACCUACUAAUCAGAAUGCAUCUCCGGGAAUCACAAUGAGGUCUCCUGUUACUGUUGGACCUCGACAAAAUGUCUUCCUACCGAUUGCAAGCAUUCAGAGGCACCCUCACCCAUCACCUGUUCAACAUCAUUUUAUGGUUGGGUCUUCUUAUCAGCAGCAUGUUAUAAGACCAGAAUUAGUUCGUCCUACAACACUUAUGGUUCAACAAAACCAACAAAUGGGACAGUCUGAAGGUUCUUCACCUGCCUCAGGAGGCCUAGCCACCAGUGUUAUUAGAAUAUCCCCUAAUCCUCAACAGACUGCUUCUCACAUCGCUUGGAAGGUUGAAAGUCCAUCUCCGCCUCCAGCUCCGCCUCAUUCUUCUCAUGGAUAUAUCCUUCAACAAGCCCUUACCAAUCAUGAUAUUCAUGACGAAACCACACAAAAUAUCAGACAGCAGCAACAAUCUUUAGAGCAUCAUGAUGUUCAACAACAAGCUAGUAACUUACGGGUACUUAAAAUUGAAGACAGAUUAGUUUCUCGAGGCCAUCAAGAAACUGUUAUUAGGAAGGAUAACUCUAAUCUUCACGCUGUUAAUGUUGAAAAGCAAGCUACUGUUUUACAUCAGAAUAAAGCACUAUCAUAUUCUAAUGAUCAUCAAAUGAUGGAAACGAGUGAUAAUGAGCGUGAAGUUGUGUCAAAAUCAAAUGUUUAUCAACAAGUAAUUGUCAAUAAUCCUACAGAACUUCUUCCUGUUUUACCGCUACAGCAUAAAUCGGAAGAACAACCUCAGAGAAAUGGUGGAAUAGCUGUUAACACUUCCAGUGGAAUGACUGUAUAUCCAUGGGAAUCACUUGUUCCACUUUUGGCUUCAUCUCCUCCUCUAACGCCACCUAUCCUCUCACCGCCAUUAUCAGCUCCACCUGUGCCUGACACACCUUCACAAGAAGAAGAAGAUGAUGAUGUUUUUGAAACUGUAAGAGAUCCUCCUCCAGGUGCAGAUAGUAGUGGCAAUGGUGGUAAAAGGAGAACACAGUCACUUUCUGCAUUACAGAAUAGUAAAGAGCCACAGAGUCCAUUGAAGGGAAAAGAUCGCAUCAGAAGGCCUAUGAAUGCAUUUAUGAUAUUUUCUAAAAGACACAGAGCUUUAGUACAUCAGCGACAUCCUAAUCAAGAUAAUAGAACAGUUUCAAAAAUUUUAGGGGAAUGGUGGUAUGCAUUACGUCCUGAACAAAAACAACAGUACCAUGAACUAGCAUCUGAGGUUAAAGAAGCUCAUUUUAAAGCCCAUCCAGAGUGGAAGUGGUGUAGUAAGGAUAGGAGAAAGUCUUCUACUGGUUCAGGUCGAGGAAAGCUUGGAUCAGUUGAUGAAUGCAGUGAAGGUCCUCCUCCUCCUUCUCCCCAGAUAAAUCUUCAAUCAUCUAAUGAGAACUGUUUAGGGAUUUCUGAAAAUAAGACUGCUGAUCCAUCUUUAUCCACCCAACAAAAUAGUAUGCACCAUGAAGAAGAAUACUCUGAUGAUGAGCGCAUGGUCAUUUGUAUGGAGGAUUCAGAAAAUGAUCUCAAAGGCAAAGAAAAGGUCAUGGAGUCGGGGGAUGUAGAAAUGACAUCUCAACAGAUCUUUAAUUCAGGGCACAGAGCGCAAACUCCUACAAAUGAUGUUACCUGUAGACCAAAACCCAUCAAGGCUAGAAUUGGUUCAACUGGUCUCGAAGGGCCUAAUAAUCUCAAACAUCCAACAACCCCUGGUGAACCUGUGCCAAUUGUUCACUACCCUUAUCAUUCUCCUGUCAACCCAACUGGUGUUUCUGCAUUUCAACCAACUGGUGGUGGUGCGUUUAAAACGAUGCCAGUUUCACCUAAGGUUGUGAAAUCAGAAAAUUCCUUUUCAUUAAACGGAAGUAGCAGUGCUUGGAAUUUGCCUUCCAAAGAUGCUGGAGAAUGGAAUAAAACUGAGACAGUAGUUAAAUCAAAUCAUCAGAUGUAUAAUGUUACCUCAUCCCAACCAACUGUUUUGCACCAAUCAGUUUACAAAGCCUCUACAACUCCCACUUCUCAGGGUAAUGUGAAAAGUGGUGUUGUCCACCUGAAACCAUCUAAUAAAUCAUCUAUCAGCUAUUCUGGAUCACAACAAGUUACCCUUCUUCUCCCGACUACUUUAGACCUGGUUCUCAAACCAUCCCCAGGAAGAGAUUCAUCUGACUCCACAUCUAAUGUCAAAUAUCUAGUCCAAAACAGGAUACAAAAUACGUAUCUUCAGUCUCAAGGAAGUGAAGGGAAUAAUAGACAAGGAUCUCAGAGCAGUAGUAUCAAAUUAGUUACUCCACAAAAUGCUAAUCCAACGGUUAUCGUUAGCAAGUCUAAUAUUUCUCUGCCAAAACCAGACAACAGUGAAGAACAUUUAAGUAGUAAUGUAGUGACUUCUGAACAUCAGAUAUUUUACCAAGGAGAGUAUAAAAUAAAUGACCAAUGUAUUACUACUUCCAAUCAUAGCUUACAAGGCUAUACUCCAAUGGAUACUUCUGAAACUCAUUCCGAAGUUAAUGUACCAACAUCAGAAGAAAACAAAACAUUUAUAUUGGAUCCAACUCCUGCUCAGCUGGGCAAGGCUCCUUUACAAAGAAGACAAUCUAUGGCUGUGACAUCCGGAAAUGAUAAGUCUUUAGAAAAAAAUGAUUCAAUAAAUAUUAAUCAAAGUUUAGCCCUCUCUAAUGACAACAAUGGUGAGGAAAGAGAAACAGUACCUGAAUCUCCAUCCAGUAAGAAAAGUUUUUUCAAAAAAAAUGUUGAAGACGGAAUGGAUAGGGUCUUAGAAACAGUAAAUUUCGAGAAGAAGUUUUCAUCUUUACCCGAAUUUAAACCUGAUGAAUGUCAGUCGCCCAGUGCCAUUUCGGUGCCAUCAAGCCCUCAUGUAUUUAAUGUACAAAAUUUAAGAAAGAAACAUCAGGUUACACAGGAAGAAAAUAUGAAUUCAGAUGGACCUCCAACUAAAUCGGGCAAACUUGUCGGUGGCACAUUUUUUGGUCCAGAUUUUAAUUUAGAUGCCUUCAAAGGUCUUGAGUGUACUGAAGCACUAGAUGGCUUGUCUCCACAAACACCAAAGACACCUAGUGGUGCCAGGGACCAGGAGAAAGGUCAUCGUAAAGUCCUGGAGCAGAGAAGAGCACUUGUCAUGCAAUUAUUUCAUGAACAUGGCUAUUUUCCAUCCACACAGGCCACAAAUGCUUUUCAGGCUGCCCAUUCAAACAUUUUUCCUAGUAAAUCCUCACUUCAACUUAAAAUCCGUGAGGUUAGGCAAAAACUAAAAGCUCAACCUAAUUUGACCCCGGGAGGAAAUAAUCUUAUGAGUCCUCUUGAACCAUCAACACCGGGGCUACCAACACACACAAAUGCAGGAGGGCAAACAGCUACAGGGGGAGUAGCAUCCAGCUCUAGUUAG